AUGGAAAUUGGUGAUCAAUUUUCCGACGAUUUUCUAAUGUCUCUGCCAUUUUCGGAAGACAGUGUUAUUGAUGCCCAACCAAUUUGCUAUUCUCUUCCUCAUCACUACUCGUCUUCUAAUACUACUUUGUCUCUCUUUCCCCAAGUUUCUGAAAAUCUUGCUGCUUCCAAACCAAUUACUACUACUGUUGAUUUCUCUUCCAUAGACGGCGGCAAGGACAAUCUUAAUUCAUCUUUUUUGACUCUCUUUACACGAGUUUAUGAAAACUCAAAGCCAAUUGCAAACAAUACUCCUCAGCCAUCCCUACCCAACACCUCUUCGACAGCCCAAUCUUCCAUUGAUAGUCAACAUUCUUCUAGUUUUGCUUCAUCAAGUCGGGAGGUAAAUGCAUUGGGUAACUCUGCUCCUAAAAGAUCCUUGUUACAGGAAUUCAUCCCGCUCAAGAAACCCAAGCUGACAAAAGAAUCAAACAGAGAGGAAGGUCACUGGAUAACAAAGAAGCUAACUAGAAGCGAUGUGAAUGGAGCUUCGAGGCUAUUACUAUCUCGACAAGACGUGAAUAAUUACAUAUUACCCUUCAUGAACAAGGAAGAACGGAUCAUAAUUUGUCAACAAUUGUGCGGAGUUGAUGUUACUGUAUUUGAUAUGGAUACACAAACAAGCCAUAUUUUGACUCUCAAGAAAUGGUCAACUAAUAGCUUUCACCUUGUCAAAGCAUGGACAAAGGAUUUUGUCAAAAGGAGGAAUCUCAAAGAAAAAGAUGCCAUUUCCAUUCGUUGGGAGAAAAGCAAUUCAAGAUUUUAUUUUCGAGUUCAAAUGAGGGAUCAAGUAGAUCUUUAA